AUGCGUUUACUCGACUUUCCUGAUUCGCUUGUCCUUUCUCACCUCGCGCUGGUGAAGUAUUUCCACCUCCUGUUUCCUCUCCUUCAGAUUCUGGACGGUCUUUUGAAGCUUCCCGAGAACCGAGAAUGUGCUGACUGUGGCUGCAAAGGGCCUCGCUGGGCGAGCGUCAACCUAGGAGUUUUCCUGUGCAUCCAGUGUUCCGGCAUUCAUCGUAGCCUGGGAGUGCACAUCUCGAAGGUUCGAUCAGCGACGCUUGACACAUGGCUGCCCGAGCAAGUGGAAUUCAUGCAGUCUAUGGGCAAUGCCAAAGCCAAUGCUUAUUGGGAAGCGGAGCUGCCACCACAUUUCCGCCGCCCGGCAGAGGCUGACAAGGGAGCCUUGGAGGGAUUCAUCCGUGCCAAGUACGAGCAGAGGCGCUGGGUCCGGCUGAACGACGAGGAGCGUGCUCGCAUGCGGCAGAGCGCACGGGACGAGGAUCGCAGCAGGGAACGCGACCGGGACCGGGACCGGGGGGAACGGCCCCGCCGGUACCACGAUUCUGAUUAUGACAGAGACUGGAGCCACGGCGCCCAUGCCACUUACAACCGCGGCGCCGGUGGCGGCGGUGGCGGUGGCGGCGGUGGUGGGGGUGGGGGUGGGGGGAGCAGAAUAGGCUCGUACGAUUCAUACGACAACAAGUAUGAUCGUUACAGCGGUUCUGGGGACAGGGACAGGGGCGGUGGUGGUGGUAGGUACGAUUCUCAUGGAGGGUACGAUAGGGAUCCACGGGGAGGUGGCGGCGGUGGUGGUGGCGGGGGGUAUGAUCGUGAUCCGCGUGGUGGGUACGACAGGGACCCGCCGGCAGCUGCUCCAGCUGCUGCACCUGCUGCACCUGCUGCUGCUGCAACAGCACCCAAGAACGUCAAGUCUGAUAUCCUGAGCCUCUUUGAGCAGGCACCUGCCAGCAGUCCGUUCCUGGCACAGCAGCAGAUGGCAGCUGCUAUGUUCGCCCAGCAGCAGUACAUGGCUGCAGCUGCUGCAGCUGCUGCUGGUACCAAUGCUGCACCUGCUGCAGGGGGUGCAGCAGUCAACAUGCCGGCAGGGGGAAUACCUGGUCUUGCUGCUGUCCCUGGUGCUGUUCCAGGCGCUGCUGUUGGUGGAGCACCUGCAGCCGGGGCUGGUGGUGCCAUGUUUGCAAUGCCUGGUUUUGUGCCCGGAGCUGUACCAACAUUCCCUGCUGCCGGGGUAUUUCCAGGGCAGGCAAUGCCUGGAGGUUACCCGCAGUUCAUCCCAGGAAUGACGCCCCAGCUCUUCCCUGGUCAAGUGCCUGGAGCUGGUGCUGAUGCUGGUUUUGGUAUGCCCCAGGGCUUCGCUGGCUUGGCCGGGGUGAUGCCUGCUGCUGUAGCUUCUCAACCAGCGGCUCCAGCUCCUGACACCGGUGCAAGCUACGACUUCUCGUCCCUCACUGCAACAGCGCUCCGGAAGUCUAAGAGCGGGGGGGAUACGGAUCUGGACCCUAGUCGCGCGCUUCCGUUGCCCAUGACGUAUCCAGACUCGAAGCCGCUUUCGCUAGAGACCGUGGAAGACAUGGUUCGCUGCGACCCCGAAACCCAGAAUUGCAAAGAGGUGGUGUUCCAGUGGACGGGCAAAUGCAGUCGGUGCAAUGGAGCAGGCUUUGUUACAUUUCGAAGAAAGAAGGGGAAGGACUUUUCGGGGAAGUGCAUCACGUGCCACGGAAUAGGAUAUGUGAACAGAUUCACUGUGAGGGAUGACAUCCGUGUCAUGGAAGACCCUGACUAUCCUUGGAACGAUGAACGGUUGCUCUGA